AUGUCCGAGUUCAGAGCAGGGAUCCUCAUGACCGUUUUGCUCCUCGCCGUAGCUCUCUCCUCCACUGUACUUACUACUUCCGUGGAGGCGGCCAGGCGGCUGCCGGAGGGGCAGUACGCCGCCGGCCACCGCAUGCUGCAUGAGAGGGCGAGGUCGCUGAUCAUGGCGUGGGUAGCGCAGCUCACCCAAGGGCCGAGCCCUGGAGGCCCUGGGCACUGA